AUGACGACUCCGCUAUACGGAUUUACCGGUAAUGAGGUCCAGCCAAUCGGCCAGAUAAAGCUGGUCAUAUCCCUCGGAGAAGAGCCGCUCUGGAGAAUAAGGACGACUACCUUCAUCGUUGUAGAUGCCCCGUCCGCUUACAACGUCAUAUUGGGUCGACCAACCCUUAAUGAGUUUCGACCAGUUAUCUCAACAUUUUGCCAGAAAAUUAAAUUCCCGGUUGAAGAUCGGAUCGGAGAAGUCAAAGGGGAUCAACUGGCUGCUCGGCGCUGCUACGUCGAGAUGGUAAAGGCGGAGGCUAAGUCCGCCCGAAAGGCCCCUCAGAUCGAGGUAAACACCAUAACUGAGAAACCUCCUACCUUAGUUUAUGAAGAAAAGGAGGAAGUGCAGAUACAUCCUUGCUGA